AAAAACUUAAAAGAAAGAAAGAACGGUACAAUUCCAAGGGAAAGAGGGGCAAAGGUCAAGCGAAGUGCUCAAAUCAGACUUGGACGCUGGAGUUUUUGAAAGUGAACCUCGGAGUGUUGUAACAGGCUGCGACUGGGAAUGGACGGUGAGCAGCUGACGGAGCAGGAGACCGCUUUGUAUGACCGGCAGAUUAGGGUAUGGGGUGCUGAUGCUCAAAGGAGACUCAGCAAAGCUCAUGUCCUGGUUCAUGGAAUGAAAGGAACUAUAGCAGAGUUCUGCAAGAAUAUCGUUUUAGCUGGAGUUGGUAGUUUAACCUUAGUUGAUGAUCGAGUAGCGAACGAGGAGGCAUUGUCCUCCAAUUUUCUCAUUCCCCCUGAUGAGAAUGCAUAUAGAGGGAAAACCCUUGCUGAGCUUUGUUGUGAUUCACUUAAAGAUUUCAAUCCCAUGGUUCGUGUUUCUGUGGAGAAAGGUGAUUUGUCAAGUUUUGGUAUUGAUUUCUUCAACAAGUUUGAUGUUGUAGUAAUCAGUUGUUGCUCACUUGCUGCUAAGAAACUUGCUAAUGACAAGUGCCGGAAGCUAUCCAAGAAAGUAUCUUUUUAUACUGUUGACUGUAGAGAUUCUUGUGGGGAAAUAUUUGUUGACCUGCAGGAUUAUCGAUAUUCAAAGAAAAAACUGGAGGAAACUGUUGAAUGCGAACUACAAUACCCGUCUUUUGAGGAUGCGGUAUCAGUGCCAUGGAAAGCACUUCCAAGGAAGACAUCCAAGCUGUACUUUGCAAUGAGAGUUAUAGAGAAGUUUGAAGAGGCUGGAGAACGAAGGCCAGGAGAGGUUUCAAUUGCGGAUCUUCCCGGUGUCCUCAAGCUGAAAAAGGAGCUAUGCACUGCACAGUCUGUCAAUGAAUCUCUCGUGCCGGACAGUCUUCUAGAAAGAUUGGUAGCAAAUACAACAGAAUUUCCUCCUGUUUGUGCCAUAAUUGGAGGAAUUCUUGGACAGGAGGUGAUCAAAGCAAUAUCAGGAAAAGGAGACCCUCUGAAGAACUUUUUCUUUUUCGAUGCUGUGGAUGGGAAGGGAAUAAUAGAGGACAUUUCAGAAUCAAAUGCUGGAAUGUGAAUGGUAUCAAAGGAAGAAUUCAUCCGAGGCCAUUUGAAACGAACAACCAUGUGGGAAAUGUGCCAGAUUAUACAUACAAUUUUUUCAGCAGAUCUAUAGGCAAAACUGACCCCUCAAGCUGAUAUUAUUUUGCUAAUCAUCUCGUACUGUGUACCCUUAUCGUUAGCUCUUUAUUCACCUGGCCUUUUCAUUUAAGCUCAGGGCUUCUUGUUUCUGCAUCAUCGGUGAGCGCUGAACUUCUUUGAUAUUCUUCUCGCGUCACCUAGAUUUUGAGUGUAAUGAUUAAUGAGAACAUACAUAUGGUAGAUUUCCUUGACUAUUUUCUUUUUAGCAAUUUGGAUUUGAGUAUCUUACGAAGGCUCUCCAGCCAAAA